GUUGCAGACCGGAUCACCCGUCAAGCGGAAGGAACUCCGGGACUCCGGGUGUAAGCGGAAUAUAAGCUGCCGAGAACCGCAAGAGUGUGUGGAAAAAACUCUGGAUUAUAAAAAAAAAGAAUCUGCAAGGAAACAUGUGGGCUCCAAGCGUUGGUCGCCCUCGGAAGGCUUUCGUCAAUGUACCGGGUCGUAUGAUUGGUCCGGAAAAGGAGAAAUCAAAGGGAGUUUCUUUGAUGGAAAAUUUCCAAGAAUACUGCUUGAACACCACAAUUCACGGAUUGAGAUACAUUGGAACAAUUAGUUUGUCCCUUUUUGAGCGGCUCUACUUUUCCGUGUCGUUCGUGCUGGUGUCGAUGCUGUCGAUCUACUUCAUCACCAGCGUGUACCAAAAGUGGCAAUCGAACCCCAUCAUAAUCGGCCUGAAUCCGAUCGCCACCCACAUCCGGGACAUUCCCUUUCCGGCCGUAACGAUCUGCAACAUGAAUCAGGCGAGACGCGCCGCGGCCGAACGGAUGGCCCCCAACAGCCAGGAGCAAUCGCUGCUGGAGAGCAUUUGCUCGCUGGACGGGGAGUUUAACGUUACGAACAAUUUCCAGGGGAAGUGGAGCGUUGUGAAGGGGCUGCUGCUGAAUGCGACACAGCCGUGUCACAGGAUGAUCGUUUCGUGUCGUUACGCGCAGAAGGUUCAAAAGUGCAUGCACAUGUUUUCACCGGUGCUGACGGACGAAGGACUGUGCUGUACGUUCAACAGCGUGGAUCAGUCGUUUAUGCUACGGAAUUAUGACGCGGCCUCGGAUACGGAUUCGAGCGUGGGCAGUCCGUUCGAACCGAUCGAGUGGAUUCCGGAGGGUGGAUAUGUUGGUGUUAUGAAGAACAAUAGCUUUCCUCGGCCAAUUGCGGGACCGGGGGUGACGAUGGGUUUGGCGGUCGUGCUGGACGCCAACGUGAGUGACUACUUUUGCUCGUCGACCAGCUCUUCCGGGUUUAAGCUGUUGCUGCACAACCCAACGGAAACUCCCAAGAUGGCCGAGUACGCCAGCUAUGUGCGGGUUGGCACUGAAAGUCGUGUUGUGGUGAAGCCAAAGAUUAGCGACGCGUCCUAUUUGAUCCGAAAGGUUUCCCAGGACCAACGGCAGUGUGUCUUUGCGAACGAAGCGAAUCUGUCCUACUUUCGGACCUAUUCGAGGAACAACUGUGAGAUGGAGUGCGAGGCGAGGCUUAUUCUGGAGUUUUGCGGUUGCGUGCUUUACUACAUGCCGAAGGUUCAAGAGGAUGUGAAGAUUUGCCGCAAAGCCGAUGCCGCGUGUUACGAGGAGAUUAAGGCGUCGAUUGCGUUUACCGCGAACACGAGCUUGAGAUGUUCCUGUUUGCCCGGAUGCUUCGAGAUCAGCUAUUCUAUGGAGAUCACGUCGGCCAAUUUGUGCAUCGGAAAGUUUAAGAUCAAUGAGAAGCUUAUCACUCAGACGGAUGCCUAUGCAAGAGAAAACAUCGCCCUUUUGUACAUCUACUUCACUGAAACUUACUUCCGAAGCUUCACCAAGGGUGAACUGGUUGGAUUUACCGAUUUCGUAUCGAACAUUGGCGGAUUGCUCGGCCUCUUUAUGGGCUUUUCACUCAUAUCUCUGGCCGAGCUGCUUUAUUUCGUCACGCUGCGGCCUCUGUUUGCCAGGCGGCGCGAGCGAAAACAACGAGAAGGUGCAAGAGAUCGAGAAUUUAAUGUUUUCUACAAUAGUGUUUUCCAGGUGCCCCAGAAACCGCAACCGGCCACCGUCCACUUCGCCGACGAGGUCAACCCGAUCAAGAACCUGCCGCGGCAGGUCAAAGUUUUUAUCGGUUCACGAUUGCAGCAGGCAGCCGGCUGGAUCGAGAACGUUUUGCGAAUGCGAAAAAAUCCCAUUAAUCGGAAGGGCGGUUCGACAUUUCCCUUCUAUGAGUAAUCUAAUCAG